AUGGUGCUCGAGACCCCCGACCACGGCAUCAGCGCCUCCGCCGAAUCCAAGGCCAGGAAAUGGCGCGACAAGAUCUUCUCCAAGGAAAAGGACGCCAGCAAGGCCGCCCGCGACGCCCAGAUUGACGACUUUCUCGGUUCUUCCCGCAGACUGCCCUCCCAGUCCCAGCCCCGUAUCCCUCCUCGACCCGGUGUCCCCUCGCCCCGAAUCGACGUCUCCAUCUCCCAGCGGCCCCGAGAUGCGAACGCUCCCCAGUCCUCGACGGACGCUUUCUUUCGACCACAGAACCUUCAAAGCCCCGUCAAGCGCCGUCGACGCAAGGGCUUGACGGUCAAGUUUUGCAAUGACCCGCCUCAGAUCAUGGGAGAAGGGGGUGACGAAGCUGAUGCUCCCACCAAGGACAUGAUAGCCGUAUACCGCACCCGCUCCAACUCAUCCGCUUCCACCUUCACCGAUACAUCCGAUUUCUCGCCCAUUGAUGACCAUUCUCCCUCGGACACUCAUCCCAGUCGUCACGCCAUUCCACCAACAAUAGCAAUCCAGUCCCAAUCGCCCGUCGAGGACCCGACAUGGCGCCCUCCCUUGAUUCAAAAUUCCCACGACUCUGACUUCCUGCUCUCCCUGGGAGAAGCCGCUCGCGGCUCUCGCUUAUCCUUGAGACAGUCGUCCGACCCAAACUCCUUUGCGCGUCGUGUGCAGGCAAAGAUGAGAGCUGAUGAAGGUCGUGCGUUUCAGAAUCGCCGUGAUGACCGUGGGGAGUCGCCAACAGAACUGGCUUCACCCUUGCAGACUACAGCCCCCCAGCUCGGGUCAGAUCCGCCGCGAUCGGAGGAAAAGUCCAGUACUCCAUCCUUUUGGUCGAGCGUCCUGAACGCCUUGCCCGAUGAGACCAAGUCUACGCUCCGGGCCUCUCCUCCGUCAGGUCCAUCGAUCAGCCCCAGCCCAACUCCCACUAGCAACCCUCCGGCUACAUAUCAACCUUCCCGUCCUCCUCCGUAUCUCAAAUCGCCCGAAAGCUCCACGGCAUCGACACAGUUCCAGAGCUACAAUGAGGACAAGGAAUCCUCCUCUCUACCGAAGAAUCUACGAAAUGUUGCUACCGCGGUCGGGGACACUGCAUUAGCCGACUUUUCUGACUACGUGGGCAACUUUGGUCAAUUGUUCAGCCUGGCUGCAGAAAGCGCGAAACCAUCAAUGGAAACAUCCCUUGUGGAAUGGGUGCGAGCAUGUGUGUGGUGGUUCUUAAAGGGCAGAGGGGAGUUGGAGGCGUUUAUGCGAUCACGACCUUCCAGUUCUGGUGCGAGUUCCGCUCAGUCAGACCAGUCGCAACAGGCCGUAGUCAAUCUGGCAAAGGCGUGGUGGAUAAACCAGUCCAUCAUUCCCCAGCAUCCAGAGCUUGCAAGAUUUGGGAGAGUAAGCACUGACGCAAUGCUUUCUGUCGCCAAGAAUAUGGGAGAUUUACGCGUGGCACAUCUAAUUACCCUCCAUCAAAACAUGAUCGGCCAUCUAAGGGGGCUGGCGCUGUCAAUGAAACGGCACAGCAUGCUUCCUUCAGGUAACGAUGCGCCUUCACUUCUUCAGUCAGUCGACACUAGCAUCUGGAUCAAAUACCCAUUCUUUGCCCCGGAUAUUUCUGCGAUCCUGUCCGGAUCUUUCUCAAAGUCGAUGCUGGUCGAUACAUCGACGAAACAGGCGGAUCUCGGAGAUGUGAUGCCAAUGGGCGAUUCCAGCAGGUAUUUCUGCUACGGUCGAAUGUUUGUAGAUGCCCGUAUCAGCUCCGGAGAGGACAGUUCGCAGGAAAUCGCCAUUCCGUGCAUGUUAUCCAUCACCCGCAACCGACAGGAUUGGAACGUCAUUGCCACCAUCACGAGCCAGAGCGAACUGGUAAAUAUUGCUAUUCAACCCGACAAAAAUCAAGGGCCAACUUGGGCUGAUGUGGACUGGCAAGUGAGGGCCUGCUCGAUGCGGCUCCGGCUCCCCAGAGGUUUCGAGUUGAACGUUCAUUUCAAACAACCUGAUUUUAACAUGCUUUGGAAGAUUGUUGAAUAUUCCCGUAAAGUUGAAGCUAGUCUUCAGCCGGAGGCAGGUGAAAAAGCAAUUUUUGAAGAUAUCCUAGAGAUAUUCCAAUACGUGGACCCUCGCCCCAACAAGGCCUUUCCUCCUGAACCUUCUCCACGGUGUCGAAUCCGACUCUUUAAAAAGGCAGUUAAAAUCACUGAGGGGACUGGAACCCGUCAAUCGCACCGUGGAUAUAGGUUUGUUGCUGUGACAAGUCCCAAGGUCAAGACUUUGACCAGUGUCUCGCAUCACCUAGGCAGCGGUCAUCCCGUCGUGUUUGGCUAUCUUCGAGGCGAUAAUGGAGCACCAGCACUUAUGCUAAAGGCCGAGGACGGAGAUACGAUGUGCAGUAUGAUUUUAACAUUUAGUGAUGACGAGCAGCGGACCAAAAUGCAUUCGCUAUUGCUAGGAAUCGUACCUACGGAUUUUGAGUUCCAAACCAGCGAGAUCGCGCUCAAAUCGUUUUCUAUCGAACAACCCGUCGGGAGUCCCGGCGAUCUUCAAAUUCGGCUUGAUGUCAACAUGCCAACUGCGUUGGCUAUUUGUCGACCACCGCAGAACGACCUAGAGAUCGCAGUAGCAGAGAAUUUAGUGCCAAAGGAACUGCCUAAUGAACUGACUAGUUUCUUGAAAACUGUGAAUUCCGAGUCAUUGAUUAGGAAGUAUAAUUUUGCUACUAUUCAAGGUUUGGCAGCCGCCCUGCUCUCUUGA